GUCAUCAUUGUUCUGGGUUUUUGAUAAUAUUUGUGGGUCUUUAAUUCCUUUGGAGAUUUUUUUAGCAUUGUGUUGAGAAUAGUAGAAUUUAUGUUUACUUUUGCCUUCUUUGUAUUUUAAUCAUUUGGGUAUUAGAGAACCAGGUUUGGAUUUUGGAUCAAUGAUAGCAUUUGGGUUUUUAUGCUACUAAUAUGGCUACUUGUGUUGUAACAUUUGGUUCUCAGUCAUCUACUGGAGUGCUAUCCUUUUGGAGAGACUAUAGUUUGAAGGAGCAUAUUGUUGGAUUUUUAAUUCAUUGCUGAUGAUGUUUAGCAUUGUGUUGAGAAUAGGAGAAUUUAGGUUAUGGUAAUAUGCAAGUCCUUGUACCAGUAGUCAGAUUGCAUUUUGUCAUUUGUAUUAAAAAAGAAAUGGUUAAAAUUAGUCAUUAUACAUUAGAUCAAAGAGCAAACUUAUCAUUCUGUUAAAAACUCAAUCCAUUUCUACUGUUAAGUGAUAUGUGAUUGAUAGAGCAAAAUGCCACCUCAGAAUGAGGUACAUGUGGAAUUUUUACAAUAAAUAGAAUUUUUACAAGACUUAAUUUACCCAAUUUUUUGAGUGGAGGGGACAAAAUACAAUUCAACUCCUAAUACAAGGACUUCCGUGAUACUUUUACUGGGAAAAAAGUUAUGUUUACUUUGCCUUCUUUAUCUUGUAUAUUUUCUUUUAACAAUGUGGAACUGUAUUUUAACCAGGUUUGGAACAAUGAUUGGUAACCUAAUGUUUGGCAUUUGAGCAUAUUGGUUUUAAGUAUAUAUCUCUUGGAAUUUGGGUUUUAUGGCUACUUGUGUUGUAACAUUUGGCUCUCAAUCAUCUAUUGGAUUGCUAUCCUUUUGGAGAGAUUAUAGUUUAAAGGAAAGGUUGAUUAAUAAAGCUAGUUCCUUGAGAUAUUUCAAUGGUGUUGCUUACAAAAAGCAAACAAAUUUGCUAAGUUUAUUGAACUUCAAAUGUUGUGUUAAUUCUCACAAUGUUGGUCCAAAUCAUAGUAAAGAAUCUUUCCUUGAUUUACACCCUAAGAAAUUGAAGCUUAGUGGUGAAGAGAAUGAUGCAAUGUUUUAUUCUACAACCAUCAACGAGAGUUUGAGAGAAACUUGUAAUCCAAGUUAUAACUAUGGUGAAGCUAAGAUCAAAGUUGUUGGUGUUGGUGGUGGUGGGUCGAACGCGGUUAAUAGGAUGGUCGAGCAUUCGUUGAAAGGGGUGGAGUUUUUGAUAGUUAACACUGAUGCUCAAGCCUUGAAGAUGUCUCCUAUGUUGCCUAAUAAGUGUUUGCAAAUUGGUCAGGAGUUAACUAGGGGUCUUGGUGCUGGUGGUAAACCGAAAAUUGGCAUGAAUGCCGCGAAUGAAAGUAGAGAAGCUAUCGAGGAAGCUGUUCAUGGUGCGGACAUGGUAUUUGUGACGGCAGGAAUGGGAGGAGGAACUGGCACCGGUGGGGCUCCGGUAAUUGCCGGCAUAGCAAAAUCAAAGGGAAUCUUAACCGUUGGCAUUGUUACGACACCAUUUUCUUUCGAGGGCUGGAAGCGAGCGGUCCAAGCUCAAGAGGGAAUUGCAGCCCUUCGUGAAAAUGUGGACACACUUAUCAUUAUUCCUAAUGACAAGUUGCUGGCUGCAGUUUCACAAGCCACCUUAAUGACUGAAGCAUUUAAUCUGGCUGAUGAUAUACUCCGGCAAGGCGUUUGCGGUAUCUCCGAUAUAAUUACGAUUCCAGGCUUAGUUAAUGUUGAUUUUGCCGAUGUGCAUGCUAUCAUGAAAGAUGCAGGCUCUUCCCUUAUGGGGAUAGGUACUGCAACUGGCAAAAGUAGAGCCAGAGAUGCAGCAUUAAAUGCCAUUCAGUCGCCGUUACUCGACAUUGGGAUCGAAAGAGCUACUGGUAUUGUCUGGAAUAUAACUGGUGGAACCGAUUUAACUUCAUUUGAGGUGAAUGCUGCAGCAGAGGUUAUAUAUGAUCUUGUAGAUCCUAAAGCAAAUUUAAUAUUUGGAGCAGUGAUAGAUCCAUCACUAUGUGGCCAACUCAGCAUAACUCUGAUUGCCACUGGAUUCAAGCGUCAAGAAGAUGGGAAAGGCAAGGCAAGUCUUUUCUCACAUUACCUCUUUCCAACAUUUUGGUCUCACUUCGGGUCAAACUUAAGCAUGAUAUUAAUCUUAUAUACGCUUAUUAAAGUCCGAUUUAACCUGCCAAUAAUUCUAAAUGGGUAGACUAAGUAUCAAGUUCAUUUUUUUCUUUUUCGGGUCAAAUUAUGCUAUUAAUCUCUACUAUGCUCUUAAGUUAUAGGUUUAGUGCAUUUAUUUUAAUUUAAUCAAUUUUAGUUCUUAUAUUUUUCGAAUUUUAGAAUUUCAAUCUCGACUUAAAAGGUAGCAUAUAAAUAUGUUUGGUUAAAUUCUACUAUUAAUCUUGUACUAUGCAUACAGUUGUAGAUUCGGUCUAUAUUAUCCAAUUUGAUCAUUCUUAGUCUCAAUAUUUUUCAAAACUUGAAAAUUCAGUUUUAACAGAAUUGGCUAUUGUUAAAUCCAUUAACUGACUUUUUGUGAGUAAUAAAUGAAAAUAACAAACUGACAUAUCAUUACAAAUGUGAUAAUAUAUGUGUUUUGCCGCAUAAAAUAUUGAAAAUAUUAAAACUUAAUGGAUUUAAAAUUACUGUUUAGUUAUGACUGAAAUUUUAAAACUCGGAAAAGUAUUAAGAACUGAAAAUUAUUAAAAUUUAAAGUUCAAAACUAAAUCCACAACUUACGCAUAAUACAUAAACACAAACACUAAUAACAGUCAGGUUCAAGCCCUUGAAAUAUUGAAUCUCAACUUUGUUCAAAAUUAAAUUUUCGAGUCUAAUAUUUAUAUCUAAAUUCUCUCUGAAAAUAUAUGCAGGAAAAUGAAGGUGAUGUUUCUAAUAAUUUUAAUAAGCAUUUUCCAUUUACCAAUGAUGGUUCAUUAGAGAUUCCCAAGUUCUUAAAGAAGAAAGGCCGUUGAAGUUCAGGUUAUUUAAAUCUCUGAUUUUAUUUUCCUGAAAAUAUUGUAAAUAGCUUCUAAAUAUGCUGAAGUUCAUUUUCAUGUCUGUGGGGUUCAAAUAUGAAUAUAUAUAUAUAUAUAUAUAAUAUUAGUAUGUUUAUUUUCGUUUUUAUGUUUUUCAAUAUAUUAUACUCAUCCUUAUAUAUAAUAAUACGGGUGAUAAUGAGAUUUUGAUAAUGUUGGUAAAGAUUGAAGUCUCGAACCUUGAAAGCCUAGGUUUUGCGAUGUGUGAGUCUCUUUCCCACUAUAUGUAGUAUGCCUUAUGUGAAUUUUGUCUAGUUUUUCGUCUACUAUACAUUGUAUUGAUUGAUGCUACGCUCUAUUAUAGUUGGUUGGAUAAGUAUUUAUAUUUGUAAUGUCUUGUAUUAGCGAGACUUAGUAGCUAAUGAAGU